AUGGGAAAUUCAAACAUAAAAGAAAAUGAUGAUAAGGAAAUGAAUAAUAUUAAUGAAUUAGAAAAAGAUAAAAAAAAAUAUAUAAAAAAUAAAAAUUCUCAAAUUUGUUUUGAAGAAAAUAUUAUAAAUAUGUAUAUUAAUGAUAGUUAUUUUAAAAACGUGCUUAAAUUAAAUGAUAUUUCAAAAUAUAUUUUUAGCUCUGGAAAAGAAGGCAACGAUGUGGAUAUAAAGGUAGAAGGAAAUGAGUCACUAAAAUUAAAAAAUAAAAAGACUAUUGAGGAUAUUGUGAAUAAUAAUAAUAAAUAUAUAAUAGAUUUUGUAAAUGGAAAAAUAAGAAAAUCAAAAAUAGAAAUAGCGAAUUUUAUUUCAUUUUAUGACUUUUUUUUAACCACACAAAAUGGGACAAUAAAUAAUUGUUUAUUGGAAAAAGGGGAAAAUAAAUGGGAUGGAAAAAACAUGUUAAUUCAAAAUUAUAUAUAUAAACAAAUAAAAAAGUCUAAGAAUUAUAUAUCUACAACGAAUGAAUAUAUAUGCAUUAGAAAUUAUCUAAAUAACUUUGAUUCUAUGAUGUUUCCUAUUUAUAUGUAUAAUUCAAAAAUGGGAAAUGAAGAAAUGUCAUACUCUGGGGUUCUAAUAAAUAAGUUUGAAAAUAAUAAUACAAAAAAAAAAAAAUAUAGAAACAAAUUUGAAAAAGGAAAGUUAUAUUACAUAAUUGAUGAAAAUAUAUGUUUUAAGAAAAUGGAAAAGAAGGGUCCUAAAAUGUAUACUACCCAAAUAUUAAAGAUUCGAAAUAAUCAAAUAGUAAUGAAUAAAUAUAUAAGAUGUGGAAAACAAGGGGUUACUAAAUUGAGAGAAAAAUUAAAAAGGGAUGGAAAUAAGAAUGGAAAUAAAUAUGGAAAUAAAUAUGGAAAUAAAAAUGGAAAUAAAAAUGGAAAUAAAAAUGGAAAUAAAAAUGGAAAUAAAAAUGAAGAAGUAAAAGAAGGAACAAAAAUGAGUCUAUACACAUAUUAUAUAAAAAGAGUAUUGCCAAAAAUAUUUAACAGAAAGAAAUGUAAUAUAACAAAAGAUGGUAAAGAAAAAAAAAAAAAAAAUUUAGGAAUAACAUUUUCACCAGCAGGUUUGUUAAUAUCAUAUCAUUUAGGAGUUAGUAGUCUACUUGUUGAAAAAAAUAUAAUAAAUAUAAAUACAAAUAUAGGAGGUUCGUCAGCGGGAAGUAUUUGUGCAUGUUGUUUAGGAAUUGGUUUAAAUAUAUAUAAAUGUUUAUUUUUGGCAGAAAAUAUAAUUAAAAAUGCACAUAUAAAUGGUUGUUAUAAAAAAUUAGAAAAUUUAUUAAAUGUAGAAUUAAAUAAAUAUAUAUAUAAAGAUAGUUACAAAUAUUUAAAUAAUAGAUUAGGUAAUAUAUUUGUUGGAAUAACGCAAAUAUUACCUUAUUAUAAAAAAUUAAAUAUAAAUAAAUUUUAUAAUGAUAAAGAUUUAAAGGAUGCUAUAAUCGCAUCAUGUAAUAUUCCUAUGUAUAUUUCAAAUAAUAUUUUUGCAAACUUUAGAAAUAAAAAAUGUGUAGAUGGAUUAUUUAGUACAAAAAGAAAAGAUUUUGGAUGCCCUAAUACAAAAACUGAAAGGAUAAUAAAAAUUUCACCAUUUGCAUCUGAAUAUGUAGGUAUUGAAAAUAAAAAUAAUAGUGUAAUUAGUCCACAAUUACAUAAAUAUAAUCAUAUUGUAUUUUUAUUUAUUUCAAUAAAGAAUUUGAUUAAUAAAUUUAUUAACAAUAUAUGGAUAGAAAAAGAAUAUAUUUUUUUAAUACAGAAUUUACUUAAAAUAAUGAAUGAAAAUAUUUUUGAUUUUUCAAAUUUUAUGAAGCAAUAUUUUUUUCAUAUUUAUAAUUUUUCUAAAAAAUUUAAAGAUGAUAAAUCUGAAAGUAUAUUAAAAAAAAAAAAAAAAUAUAAUAAAGAUGAAAUUAUUAUGAAUAUUCAAGAAAGACUUGAAAAUAAUUUGUCAAAUUCAUUAAAUGCGAAUUUAAUGAAAAUUAAUUUAUUUCUUAAAACAUAUGAAGAAAUAAAUUUAAAUUUUUAUAAACAUAAUUAUAAUAUUUUAUGUUUUUACAAGUUUUGUAUAAUUUUAAUUAAUAUAGUAAGUAGAUAUUUUGCUGAGAGUUUUAACAUCACUUAUUUGUCUAAUAUUUUGAUAAAACUUAAUAUAGAAAAAUUUGGAGAAAAAAUAAAUGUAGAUUAUAAUUUAGAGUAUGGAAUUCAGCAAAUUUUUGAUUAUAUAAAAAGUUAUAAUUAUUUGGAAGCAAAUAAAUUCAUACCUUUUUUUCCUCAAUUAAUAAGUCAUGUUAUUUUAUUUUUUUUUAAAGAAUGUUUUUGUAAUGAAAAUAUAUUAAAAUACCAUCGAAUAUAUUUAAAAUCAAAAAUAUUAAAUAUGAUAGAUAUAUUGAAAAAUAUGUUUUUAAUUGAAUUUGUAAAAAGAGGAAUAAAAAAAUACAUCUUAUCUUUUAAUUUGGAAAAUUGUUAUAAAAAUGAGACUAAUUCGAAUAAUAUUCAAAGCAUUUUAAAUUUUUUAAAAUAUAGGGAUAUAUAUAUAAAUUUUAUUUAUAUAAUAAAUGAAAUAAAAAAUUCAAAUAAUAAAAUACUAAAAAUUAACGAAUAUAACUACUACAAUUUUAUAAGCAUAAAUAAAGAAGAUAUAAGUGAUUAUUAUAUAUUUAUGUAUAUUUAUUUGUAUGCAAUUAUUUUUUAUAAAUGUGCAUUUUUAUUAUCUGAAAAGGAGAAAUAUGUGUUUGAAAAAUCGAGCAUUUGUUUUUAUAGUCUAGUUCAGAAUUCUGAAUUAAGGAAAAUAGAUAAUGAUAGUAAUGGAUUCAAUUAUAGUGCGACAUAUAAUGGGGAUCGGAAUAGUAUAAGUUCUUAUUUCUUAUUAAAUAACAAUUUAAAACAAGAAAAUGUUGGUGCAUUAGAGCUAGCCAAGAAGCAUUUUGAGUCAUGGGCGUCUCUAAACAUUUAUAAAAAUAGUAAUGUAGAUGUAGAGCCCAUUUUUGAUGACUGCAAUUUUGUAGAAAGUUAUAGAAGUAAUAGUGCGAAAAGGGAAAAUGAUUUAAUAAGUGAUAAAUAUUCAAGUGGGAUAAAAAAAAACGAAAUAAAUGAAAAUAUAAAUUUUGUAGCUAAAAGUAAUUUGCAUUUUUUAGAAAAUGGUGCACAAGGAAUGUGGAAAGUAAAAUCGGAAAUAAAAAAUAGAAAAGAGAUUAACAAAAGUGAGAGUAGUAAUAGUUUUUUUUUUAAGAAUUUAAUAAAUAAAAAAAAUAAAAAAUAUAAUAAGAGUUCAAAUUGCAAUAAAAUCGAGCAUUCAAAUAAGUUAGAGGAUUUGAAAUGUGACGACAAUUUUUUCAAAAUAAAUAAUUUUUUAAUUUUCAAUAAUAAUUAUGGGCGUGUUAAUAAAGUAGAUGAAUAUAUAAAUUUAAAUAAAAACAGAAUUUUUGAAAUAAACAUAAAAAACAGAAAUGAAAUAAUAUCAAACUUGUAUAAUAUAUAUGUGUGCUAUUGUGAUGCCAUAAUUUUGUUGAAAUUUGUGUUUAAUAUAAAUUUUUGUGAAAAAACAAGAUAUAUGUUUUUAAAGAAAACAAAAAGCUCGAAAAAAAAAUUUGAAAAAAUAAAAAGCAAUAAAAAAAUAAAACAAACAAACAUAAAACAUAUUUCUAUAAACAAAUGUAAUAGUGAAAACAACCUUACUUGGGCAAAUAUAGACAAUAAGUUUUUUGAUGAAAUCAUUAAUAAAAAUAUGAAUAAAACUAGUGAACUAAAUAAUUUGAAUCUUUGUAGUAGUUUUGGCGAUAGAAGUGCAACAUUUGAGGUAUGCUUAUUACCAAAGAACCAGAAAACAGAAAAUUCUUUUUUUAGUGAAAAAAAAGAAGAUGAAAAAGAUCAAAGAUAUUAUAAAAAUAAAAAUAAGAAAGAAAAUAAAAUGGAUGAAAAUGAGAAAGUUGGGGAUAAUUCAGAAUAUUUAUUACAGGGAGGAAAAAAUAAAAUGUACAUUUCUUACUCUGAUACAAUAUAUAAAAAAAAAAAAAAAAUAUAUAAGAACAAAAAAAAUAAAACAAAUAUGGAUAAUUUUCUCAAAGAUUUUAAAACAAAUAUAAAUCCAGAAAUAUAUGAUACAUAUAAUACAUAUUUUAUAAAAAAUAAUUUCCCUAUAAGAAAAUUAUUUAGAAUACUACUUGAAGGCACUAAUGAUAAAAAUAUUAAAAAACUUUAUGACAUGGGAAGAAGUGAUACAUAUAUGUGGCUAUAUGUUGAGUAUAUAAAUAUGAGCAUUUAUUUAUUUAAAAAAGUAUACUCUAUAUAUUUAAAUAUGAUUUAUUAUUUUCAAUCGUUAUUAUAUUUGACUAAUAUUAAUUUAAAAAAAAAAAAAUACGAAGUUUCGAAUAUUCUUAAUUCAGUAGAAAAUGUGAUUUUAUACAUUAACGGGGUUGAGUUUAAUAUUUUUUCACUUUGUAGAUAUAUUUCAUUUUUCCUGAACGGUUCAGGUAUUUUUGGUGUUAAUUUCGUUAGUAGCCUGAAUGGGCAAGGUAAAAACGUAUGUGGGGGGGAUGAUAAAAAAAAUAACCAAAAUGGAAGAUCAUCAUAUGAAGAUUUUCAAUCAGAAACAUUAAAAAAUGAUAAAAUAGUAAGUUUUGAUAAACAUGUAAAUGAAACAUCAAAUGAGUGUGUGAAUUUUGAAGGAAUAAAACUAUUAUUUAAUCGUGAUGAGAAGAAAAACGAAAAUAAUGCAUUAAUAUAUCAAAAUAGUAAAAAGAAACUAAUAAAAAAUAAUAAAGGGUUAAUAAAACCUGAAAAGUGGGGUAAAAAAAUAGCAGAUCGAAAUUAUAAUUAUUUCGAAAAAAAAAUGAAAAAAAAAAAAAAAAAAGACAAAAGACAAAAAGAAAGAGUAAAAUAUAGAAGUAUAAGCUUACCAACAAAUUUAAAAAAAACUGUUUUGAAAAUUAGAAAUUUAAGAAAUAAAAUAAAUUUAAAUAAAAACAUAAUUGAAGGAAUAAAUAAUAAUUUUUUAAAGAAUACACCAUAUGAGCAUAUAUAUACUCAUACAAAUUUUUGGCUAUACUCUUCUUCUGAUAAUAGUAAUGAUGAGGAUACAAAAAAUACAAAUGAAUUUUGGAUAAAUAAUAAUAAAAAUCCUAAUACUCAAUUUGAUGAUAUAUUUGAUGAAAUAUCAGAAGAAAUGGAUACUUUUUCCUUUAUAUCUAAUUUUUUUAAAACUUUUAAAAAUAUGGAUAGUAAUAAUUUGGGCUUAUCGGGGUAUUUCGGGUUUUAA